GGAACCGCUUUUUCAUGGACUCAGGGCUGCGGCCGAGCAGGGCUGCGUCUUCCGGGUCUGGAGUCCCAGCUGCAGCUAGAGAGCCUCACUUCCUCACAGAAUCUGGCCUCACAGGUCUCCCCCUCCCACACCGAGGCCAGGCCUUUCUCAUUUUGCCCAUCACAGAGGUGCUGGAAGAGCCAGGAGAAUUGGGGCAUCUUUUGUUUCCAUCUCCCGGGUGCCCCCCGCCAUGUCCUCUCCCUCUGGCACACUGGGCAGGCACCCUGUGGCCUGGAGAGCCCCACUCCCACUGCUGCUGCUGCUGCCAUUCCCAGGCUCGUGGGCCCUCCCGGGGGCUCAGCACCUCCAAAGCGUGGCAGGGCAGACCCUCUCCGUGAGGUGCCAGUACCCACCCAAGAGCUGGCCCUACGAGAAGAAAGGCUGGUGUAAGGAGGUGUCUCCACUCAAGUGCAUGAGGCUGGUCACUAGCUCCAGUCCCCACACGCUGGUUCAGGCCUCUCGGUUCUCAAUCUGGGACAACCCGGAUGAAGGCUUCUUCAUCGUCACCAUGACUGGUCUGAGGGAGGAAGACUCGGGACACUACUGGUGUCGAAACUACCACGCUUCCAGCCACUCUGUCUCCAAGUCCUUAAAGUUCUAUCUGGCUGUGUCUCCAGCCUCUGCCUCCAUGCAGGCCACCCGGGCUCCCCACGACCUGGUCUCUCAGACUGAGAGCUGUGUGUCCUCCACGGGAGCAGCCAGAGAGGCCCCCAGGGCUUCCACCACCAUCACAGCCCUUUCACAGCAACAAAACUCCACCCUCUGGUCCAGCCCUGCAGCCUCCAGGGCCCUGGUCCCCGUGCUCUGUGGGUUACUUGUGGCCAAGAGCCUGGUGCUGUCAGCCCUUCUUGUCCAGUGAGUAGACUUGGGGGGAAAUGGAGCAGGGAACAGCUUCUGUCCCUGGAUAGAGGGUUGGAGAGGGAAUCAACCAGAGAACAGAGAUGGAGGAAAAGUGGUCAUCGAUGGGGCUCUCCAGAUUAAACCCUCGCUGUCCGUAUCAGGCCCACCUUGUCUUUCAGCUGCAAACUUUCAAGUGUCUUGUCCACACUUCUUGGUCUCUGUUUUCUCCUUUCCCUCCCCUCUCCUUUUCUUCUCUUUU